UAUACCACGUUGAGGUUGACAUUCUGUUCGGAAGAAGCAUGAAGUGCCUAAUAUGUUUACUUAUCAUUGUUUCAUCAGUAUUUUGCGAUGAUGGUGAACUUAUGGCCUCACGACAGUUCAACAUCAAACCCGAUCCCUCAGUGAAAUCGACAGAAAUCGUAUGGAAUGACAUCAAGUGCACAUUUGCCUACCAGGCCAUGGGAGGAACCAAUGAGGACUGGGAGAUAGGAAUUCUUCAACCUGCUAAACAGACUGAACACCAAGUCACCUGCAUGGUGAACAGAGCGGGUGGAAGGACAACUUACUUAAAUUUCCAGAGCUUCUCCUUCAAGAUUGAAGGUGCAACGUAUGCCAUGGCACAACCAUUUGACUCUAAAAACGAACCCCUCCCGCAUACCGAGUUUGUUGAACUUCCGAAGAAAAAUAUGGUUAAACAAAGCAAGAAGUUUGAGAAUUCUAUUGGAAGAGUUAUAUUGUGGGCGAAAAUGGAACAAGAAGAGGAGCUGGGGAAAAUGGAACAAAAAGAGGAUUUGUAAUGAUUAGCUACAGCAACUGAUAACAUCACAGCGCAGCUAUAUACAUGACUACACAGCUUACCUGCCUACAUCUGUGUCGUGUGUUUCCCUACAACCAUCCACCUGAGCUUGUCGCUUCAGGGGAUGUGGUGUUAGAUGAGAGCGUUGUGGUAUUAGAUUAAAAUGAUGUGGUGUUAGGCAAGAGCAUUGUGGUAUAAGGCAAGAUCGAUGUGGUGUUAGGUGAGAGUGUUUUGGAAUUUAGUGAGAGUUAUUGAUGUAGGUAAGGUGAAAGUGAUGUGGUGUUAGGUGAGAGUGUUGUGGUAUUUAGUGAAAGUGAUUGAUGAAGGUAAGGAGAGAGUGAUAUGUGGCGUUAGGUGGGAGCGAUGUGGUGUUAGGUGGGAGUGAUGUAGUGUUAGGUGGGAGUGAUGUGGUGUUAGGUGGGAGCGAUGUGGUGUUAGGUGGGAGUGAUGUAGUGUUAGGUGGGAGUGAUGUGGUGUUAGGUGGGAGCGAUGUGGUGUUAGGUGGGAGUGAUGUAGUGUUAGGUGGGAGUGAUGUGGUGUUAGGUGGGAGCGAUGUGGUGUUAGGUGGGAGUGAUGUAGUGUUAGGUGCAAGUCAUAUAUAUGGUUGCACAUGGUUGUUUCAGUUUUAACAAUUUUAUCACAAAUAUUCUGCUUUACAAAUCAUUUUAUCAUUUAAAGUCAUGAUUUUUUCUAUGGAAUACAGAUAAAACACCAUGACAAAUUCUAACGAUAGUGUCACAAUUACUCCCAAUCAAAUAAUGGGAGGCAUACAGCUUCUGUUGGUUCUCCUUCUAAUGACAUCUUUUUGGGACUGUAAAUUUAAAAGCAUUUUAGAUGUGUUGUUAAAACGUCGGCAUCACCUACAAAAAAGGUGUACACUCCACAAUUAUUGUUUAAUUUAACUUUUAAAGCAACAAAAUUAUCUUGCAAAAUUGGUUAUUUUGUCAUCCACAAAAAUACAUGUACAGUACAUAUAUACCGUAAAGCCAGCCUUUAAUGAAUUAAUUUUCUAACAAUUAUCCUUACAUCAUGGUGGACCAUAUUAGAUUAGCUUACGUCAAUAUCAUCGGGAUGGAAAUAAGCAUCUUCACAGAUUAACAAGAACUUGAUAGUCACUCAGAUGAAUCAAAAGUCAUAGCUUUAUGUAAAAUACGAGUAACAUUUAUCACUUGUCAUGUAUUCUUAGCACGAUGUAUGUAAGGACAAUUUGUUUUUCUGACGAUGUGCUUACUGUACAUGAAAAUGAUGAAAUUUGGUAUUAUAUGUUCCAAGUAAACAAGAGAUUUUAUUAUUCCUAUAUGAUCAUGUUACCCAGUUACAGUGUGUCUGAUUGGUUAGACAAAUCACAUGACCGGGAGACAAAACAGAAAGGCUCUUUCAUGCGACCCAUUUUUCCCCAAGGAGUAAUCUUCAUGGAUUAUAUCAAAAUUUAAUCUGAUUGUUAAAUUUGAUGCUAGCUUUAUUGUGUUAUAUGUAAAUACUACAAAGCCACUAUGGGAAUUUGAAAUCAUAACUUUAAAGUGUUUAUAUUGCCAUGGUUGGGAUAUAUUACGAUUGGCUGCACCCUUGGAAGACACAAGUUAUCUCAGGGAAGCAAAUUUUCAUGUCUCCCUCACAACAAUGAAAUGAAAAAAAGUAUAUUUAAAAACUGGAAAUCUUAAACUGUAAACCAGUUUUUUUAAACAAAAUGAUCAUAUUUUCAGUUCACAGGAAGUUUCAUGGCGUUACAUGUAUAUUUAUAUAUAAUAUAUGUAAAAAGCCCUGGUAAGGAUUGUCACAAAUGCUUCUCAUUGAAUUUGCCUUUUUGCAGAAAUAUAGAGAGUGAAAAAUGUAACUAUGCAAAAAUAUGAAGCUUUAAAUACUGUUAAAAGUUGUGAAGUAAUGAAAAAAAAAAGAUUUUUAUGUAUCUUUUGUAUGUCAGCUCUAAAUUCACAAUUGACUCACCUCAGUAUAUAAUAAAUGGAUAUCUCUCAAAAUGAAAAAAUAAUCUCAAAGUAAAAUAGAAAUGUAUUUGUGUGAAUGGUUGAAAAUAGAUUUGUAGUUUAGAAUCGGUGUCAUAUUUUUUCUACAAUCAAGGUUAAUUUCUUUAUGUGAAGAACAUGAUGGAUAUUAAAAUAAGAUAUGUAUUUUUAUAUAAAAUAGAAAAUCCACAUUAAUACACACAUCCAAUUCAAGAGCUGCCCGAGAAGUGUAGGGGCAAAGGAAAUCUGAGAUAGAUUUUGGGUGCUUUUCAAAACAUUCUGCUUUCUAAAAAAUAACUUCUCUUAGGUAUAAAGUACUAUCAUUAACAUGAUUAUAUUAUUUCAAUCUGGAAUAUUUGGUUGUGUCGCCGUUCUUUAUGGACUAAAAUUAACCAAAGUUUGAAAACUUUUGAAGACUUUUGUUUGUUCCUAGUUCUCACAAAAAGAGGGUUCUUGUCAGUGUUGGAAGUUGACUUCCAUAAACCAGAACACACAUAUAGUAUCUAGGGUACCAGCCAUAUAGAAACUCCAAGGGUGUCUGUUGGGUGAUAGUGUAUAUGGGAUUGGGGAAAAUUGUUAUUUAUUGAACAAAUAAAAAUGAUAAGUCUU